CUUCCUCGUUGAACUGACCGGUCUAGAGCCCGAAGCCGGACCCUCCCAUACGGUCGAACCGUGGUGGGACAUGGCCGUUGAUGGAGCCUCUGGACCGAAGGGAUGCGGGGCCGGCGUAGUCUUCACUACCCCGGAAGGAUUCAAGAUCUACCAUGCCUUGAUCUUCAACUUCAAACUCACCAACAAUGAGGCGGAGUAUGAGGCGUUGGCCGGUGGCCUCAGAUUAGCCCGGACACUCGGAAUAAAAAGGAUGAAGAUCCGUUCCGAUUCGAGUCUAGUGGUUGGACAGGUCAAUGGUGAGAUGGAAGUAAAAGAGGAUCGGCUGGCCCGGUAUAGUGAUCUGGUCCGAGCGCUUCUAAGGGAAUUAGAAGAGUUUCGUCUGACUAGGAUACCCCGGUCGGAAAACGCUGAUGCAGAUAUGCUUUCAAAAUUGACACAAGCCUGCCAGGAGCAUGUGUCGAAGUUGGCGAAAAUUGAGAUCAUGGACGUGCCGAGUACAGUCCGGUUUGAAAUCGCGGCUAUCCAACCGGGCCAGAAUUCGGCUACCGGGACAAUCGGAGCAGAUGAUGACUGGAGGCACGAUCUCAUGCAAUAUUUGGAGACCGGUCAGAAACCGGAUGACGAGGAACGGGCCAGGAAGGUGGUCCUGCGGGCUCCCCGUUUUCAGGUAAUCGAUGGUCACUUGUACAAACGUGCCAUCGAUGGACCUCUCUUACGUUGCCUUACCAUUCCAGAGGCUGAACGGGUAAUAGCUGAGGUGCAUGAGGGUGUUUGUGCGGCCCAUCAAAUGUCUCGCACCCUGGCUCAAAGGAUAAUAUUGCUUGGCUACUACUGGCCGACCAUUGUGGGGGAUUGUGAGCGGUAUGUCCAGAGAUGUAGGACGUGCCAGUUUCGUAACCCCCGGUUCACUGAGUACUUGGCUAAUUUUGGAAUCAAGCACAGCAAGGCCUCAGUAGCUUAUCCACAGGGAAAUGGCCAAGAUGAAAAUGCUAACCGGACGAUAGUGGACGGCCUAAAAAAGAGAAGGUCAACCGGAGAAACUCCAUUUGUGCUCACUUACGGAUGUGAAGCCCGGUUGCCAGUUGAAGCGGAAAUUCCAACAUUUAGAGAAACCGUGUAUCAGCCCGGCCAGAACGAUGUCGACCACCUAGCUGAGUUGAAUCUGGUGGAAGAACGAAGGACCAUAGCAGCUGUUAAGAUGGCCGGUUAUCAGCAGUCGGUAAAGCGGUAUCAUGAUAACCGGGUAGGACCGCGAUACUUCCAGGUGCAUGAUGAAGUCUUGCGCAAGAGGGAUGCUAGUAAGCCUAAUGAGAGGGGCAAGCUGGCGCGUAACUGGGAAGGGCCCUAUCGUGUAAAAGCAAUUGUCAGACCGGGCACUUACCAGUUGGAGACUAUGGAAGGUGGCCGGGUCGAGCGACACUGGAACUCUCAUCACUUACGUAAAUUUUAUAGAUAAAGUGUACCUGGUUCCUGACCAUUAAUAAAAGUUCGCUCUUUUC